UCAUCUUUCCGUUGUGACAACAAAAAUGGCGGCCGAGGUACAACAAGCAGAAGCAUCACUACUUGCACCUAAAAUUGCAUUUCACAUUUGAGCAGCUCAAUUAAUGCGGAACUGAUAUGCGUAAGGAGUAGUUUGUGAAGACUAGGAGUAUUAUUUUUAAAACUUGAGUUAGAAGCAGUGCUGACAGUACCAGACACUGAGCAAACACAGGCGCAGCCCGAAACAGCUGACGUCUACAAUGCUCGAAGGCGGUCAACAAAAGCAAGCGAGCGGAGAACCGGCUGCGAGUAGAGUAAGCGUCGAAAAGCAGAAACGGAUCUUUAAAAUAAUCGUAAUUGGGGACUCGAACGUCGGCAAGACAUGCUUGACCUUUCGAUUCUGCGGAGGAAAGUUUCCACUGAAAACUGAAGCGACAAUCGGAGUCGACUUCAGAGAGAGAACGGUCGAAGUGGACGGCGAACAAAUCAAGCUCCAACUAUGGGACACCGCUGGUCAGGAGAGGUUUCGAAAGAGCAUGGUACAGCACUAUUACCGCAACGUCCACGCGGUCGUGUUUGUUUACGACGUCACUAAGGUAGCCUCGUUCGAGAGCCUGCCUGCUUGGCUGGAGGAGUGCGACUCCCAUCGCCUCACGGGGGAUUUGCCUCGGAUCCUGGUGGGAAACAAAUGCGAUUGCAAGGACAAGGUGGCCGUGAGCACAAACAUGGCUCAGAAGUUUGCUGACCUACACAACAUGCCACUCUUUGAGACGUCCGCUAAGGACGACAGCGAGUCUGACCACGUUGAGGCCAUCUUUCUCACCUUGGCUCACAAGCUGAAGAGCUCCAAGCCCAUGAUGCCGCCUCCACUCCGUUCCCACAAGGAUUCUCCGCCGCGAACUGUUGCCCUGCGGCAACAGCAGCGUUACAACGUCGGCGACGCGGACUCGGUGUGUGCAUGUUGAAGAAAGGGGUGCAUGGGGGCAGCUUCUUGCACCCGGGUGAUGUCUUUCACCGGUGCACAUGGAAGGUAGUACACUGUUUGGUGUGAUAAUGACUGUGGUUAGGGUAAAACAAAACUUUGGGAGAAGCGUCUGUGAUUGUGAGCGUUUCUGGGAUGGUUAGGAACUAAGAUGUCAUUAGCUGCGGCAAAGGGCUGGUCCUUACUGUGAAACAAUGAAUUUUUUAUUUUUUUUGUCCUGGUCGCUACCGCAGUCAAACACGUGGACUUGCGUCACUUUUACGUCGUCGCUACAUGGUGGCGCGAGAAUCUGAUGAUGCGUAGGGGAUUUUACGGCGAGCUUUGCAUGUCAAAUUAUACAUGCAUAUUGUUCCCAUAUGUUGAAAGCUAUACACUACAAAAACUUAGCUGGUUUUCUAGCAGUGUUCUUUUGUACAUUCCAUCUUCUAUUUGUCAAGAAUAUUCUGCGUAGUUAUUUUCUGUCGCGUAGUUAAGCUUAAAAAUGCAGAAAAUUUGGGGCUUUUUUUUUUUAAAUCCACAAUAAAUAUGAACAUAUUAAAGAUGCAGCGUAAUUGUUUCACUGCCACGCCAGGAGAAACAUUUCUUCUGGGGCCAAAGCAUUAAUUAGUAAAAUAUUAAUUUUACUUAGAAGUAGUGUCUAAAGGUGCUGCAACGCAGAACUCUCUUACACAAGUGACAGUUCAACUCGAGCAUCAGAGUCACAUAUUUUCGUGCUUGGUGGAGAUGUCAUGAGUUGCAUUUUUGGGAAAAUCGUGUUCCUCAGCUCGUCUGAGUGACGCUCACUAUUGUGAUAUACCACACGAGAACGCAGGAACUUUGUCAGCCGCAUCUUUUUCAAACAACCUAAAGAAGAAGCCGUUAACAGCUGGUCGUUGCUUCCUUUUCUAUUAACGAAGUGAAGAUGAUGGUGGUUCCCACCUCUUUUCUUCUUUCGAUGUUGCAUAUUGUACGCAAGUUUUCAGGGUCAAUGUCUGCUGCAGUGUUUUGCUCAUUGUAUGCUUAAAAACGGUGAUGGACAAAGUUUGUAAUGCACAACAUGAACAGAGGGGCAAGACAUUGGAGAGUAGUGGACACUUUUUCAAAUUUUUUUUCCCCCGCUUUCCUUUAUCUCUGGUUCCAAUAAUGCAGUUAUCGCUCGGUACCACAGGAAUGUUCCCACUCUUUCUUUUUUUUUUUUCUUAUUUAAACCGAAGUUUUGCCUCUUAGUAACACUUGGCAGAUGUUCAAAGCUUAUCUGACCAAUUCGAUCAGAAGUCAGAAGCGCUCACUUUAUGUACAGCAGUGCAGUUUGUACUGAAAGAUGUGUAUCACACCAAAACAAUUCCUUAUUUCUGGUUCACAAGUGCACUAGGACUGAUAGAGAUCUUGCCAGUUAAAUGUCACAAAAGAAUGUACCUUCCUCAAUUCUGGCAUCAGGUCAUCAUAGGUACUCAGCAACUCAGCGUAACGUGACGUUGAAAAAUGCCUGAAAAAUGACGUGAAAAAUGCCUCUGUUGCAUGUACAAAAGCACCUGAUUUUUUGAGCUCGCUAAGCAUAUUUGCUGCAUGUAAUGUCGCUCGUGGAGAAUCAUGAGUGCCUAUAUCUGCGUGUGUGCAAAGUGAAAUAUGACGUUAUACAAAGUUUAUUCCAAAGGUUUAUUUAAAGUGUAUUUGCAGCGACCAUUAAGCAUGUAGAACUGAAAAUUUUGGAGAAUCUAUUCCUAUCCUGUGUAAGAUGGGCAACAGUAACAUCAGUAUUAUCGAUAUGGGCUGUGCUGAGGGUACAUUUCUUGUGAUAAACAGGUUGCAUGGAGAGUGCUCUCUGUUCAUUUCACAUCAAAGGUGCCGCAUGACAAUCUGUCACGACCUUUAUUCAGUCUUGAACGGUCGUCGCCCUCUCGAAAGAAUUUUUCAGAAAGUAUGUCAUCAUUAAGCUUGAAGCGCACAAUCCCACGUUUCCCAGAUUCUGUUUCAUGACACAGCUUGUAUCUAGUAUUGUGAAAGUCAUAUAGUACAGACUUUUCGUUUUUCAAAGUGUGUUCUCCGUCACAGCUUGCGUUAAUGAGGGAACCAAAAGACACAAGUAUUGGAUCACAAAGACUACAAGACCACAAGGCAUGGCCACCAUUGAGAUAAAAGUGUGCAGAUUUUUUUAUAAUGGCAGCUGUAGUACUGUAUUGCUGGUAAAGCGUGAAUGAGUAAAUAUAGUGACAUAAAUAAUAAAGAUGAAUAUCCAAGAUAAAACUAUCGCAUGCUCACCACCUCAGUUGUUUGCCAGACUUGAGUUGGAAUGGACUGUACAUAAUGAACUGAGUCAUAUAAAAGCGUGAGACCUGA